CUCACCAGAGUCAGCAACACUGAGACAAGAGGUCUCACUCCAGACUGACUGCAGAACAGGUUUUGGACACACACCGAUCACAGACAGCUCAUCCUCACUCACAGUUAUGACUGCAUGCAUCUUCUUACGGGGAGCCAAAGUUGACAGAGAAUUGGCAGAUGAUGAAAUUGAAGAGCUGAGAGAGGCAUUCAAUGAAUUUGAUAAAGAUAAAGAUGGUCUUAUCAGCUGUAAGGACCUGGGAAACCUGAUGAGGACGAUGGGUUAUAUGCCAACCGAGAUGGAGCUGAUCGAGUUGGGCCAGAACAUCAACAUGAAUUUGGGAGGGAGGGUAGACUUUGAAGACUUUGUGGAGUUAAUGACCCCAAAGCUUUUGGCAGAGACAGCAGGCAUGAUUGGUGUGAAGGAACUGCGAGAUGCUUUCAAAGAGUUUGACAUGGAUGGCGAUGGCUCGAUCACUACUGAGGAACUGAGAUCUGCUAUGAGUAAAUUACUGGGAGAACACAUGAACCACAAAGAGAUUGACGCUGUCGUCCGAGAGGCCGACAAUAACGGCGAUGGUACAGUAGAUUUUGAAGAAUUUGUGAAGAUGUUGUCAAGCUGCUGAGAAAAUCAUCUUCUUCUGGAUGCUGCAUAUACAUAAAACAUACAUAAAGCAAAACGAUCGCACACAAGACAGGAUAUGCGUGGACG